AUGGAAAGUAACCCUAAGAAUAAUGUAAAGAGUUCUGAAGAAAAUGAAACUGAAAAAAAUAACAAAGAAGAAAAUAAAAUAGAUAUGGAAGGAUUUCAAUUCUUUGCAAAUAUUUGUGAAGACAAAUUAAAAGUAUUAUUAGAAAACUUUUUUUCUAAUAAAAAAUAUGAUAAACUACAAUACGUUGAAGAAAAGAUUGUUAUGCCUUCACCUGAAAUCCAGGAUGCAGAUAAUGAUUCAUCGAAUGAAAAUGAUACAAAUUCAUGUGUUCAGAAUAAGGUUAUUAGAAGUAAUUACGAUAAAAUCGUAUUAAAGCUUGUUGAUGACGUGGAGCAAUUUAUGAAACCUUAUGUCAAUGAUAGAUACAAAAUUAUUGUACAAGGUAUAAUAGGAGAAAACAAAAAGCAAGGGAUACAUAUUGCAUCCAAGUCUCUUUGGAAUGUGGAAACCGAUAAUUAUGUAUCUGUAAAAUACGUAAAUGAUUAUAUAUUUGUCACAGUUAUGGUCUUCCUAUUAUAUAACGAAUAA